GAGAAGUUGUGCGAUACUGUAAUUGUCAAACUGCAAAGUGGGAAACUCCGGACACGACAAACUGUACACAUAGAUGGGUAGCUGAAAUGCGGUCUGCUAUCGAACGAGGGGAUCCGGCAGAGCAAAUCAGCUAUCGUAUGGCUGCCGAUCUCGAGUCAACCCUAUCCAGACAACUUUAUGGUGGCGAUAUCACUGGUAGUGUCUCGCUGAGCACCGAUGUUCUGGCAUUGGCACGAAGUCAAUUCGGCGCUCUUGAUGAUCGAAAUCAACGUCAAAUAAGGGCCACAAACUUCACGGAGUCAUUUGGUUCAUCCGGUGAUCAUCUGUUGUCCCCAAAGGCUGUGCCCGUAUGGGAGGAGUUGUCAACACCUGUUCGUAUAGACCAUGCCUCGACACUCAUGGGCGCUUUGGAACAAAGUGCACUACUUCUCGCUGAUUAUACAGUUGAUCAACACAAGAGGUUACAGUAUGAUUAC